AUGGAGCCGCAGCCUGGCGGCGCCCGGAGCUGCCGGCGCGGAGCCCCUGGCGGCGCCUGCGAGUUGGGCUCCGCGGCGGAGGCGGCGUCCAUGAGCCUGGCCAUCCACAGCACGACGGGCACUCGCUACGAGUUGUCGGUGUCCCCCGACGAGACGGUGGAGGGGCUGCGCAAGCGGCUGUCCCAGCGCCUCAAAGUGCCCAAGGAGCGCCUGGCGCUGCUCCACAAAGACACCCGGCUCAGUUCGGGGAAGCUGCAGGAGUUCGGCGUGGGGGAUGGCAGCAAGCUGACUCUCGUGCCCACCGUGGAGGCGGGCCUCAUGUCUCAGGCCUCAAGGCCAGAACAGUCUGUGAUGCAGGCCCUGGAGAGCUUAACCGAGACCCAGCCCCCAGCGGCGCCCGGGCCGUGCCGGGCUGGCGGAGGCGGCUUCCGGAAAUACCGAUUCAUUUUAUUUAAGCAUCCGUGGCACCGACAGGGACCCCAGAGCCCAGAGAGGGGCGGCGAGAGGCCCCAGGUCAGUGACUUCUUGUCGGGCCGCUCCCCACUGACCCUGGCUCUGCGCGUGGGCGACCACAUGAUGUUCGUCCAGCUUCAACUUGCGGCCCAGCACGCCCCACUACAGCACCGCCACGUGCUGGCGGCCGCAACUGCUGCCACCCGCGGGGACCCCAGCAUGGCCACUCCUGUGUCCUCUCCCUGCCGGCCAGUGUCCAGUACUGUCCGUGUCCCCCCAGUGCCCACCAGCCCCGCACCUGCAUCCCCCUCACCUGUAACAGCCGGCUCCUUCCGCUCCCACUCAGCCCCCUCCACCUGCCCCGAGCAGAUGGACUGUUCCCCUGCUGCCAGUGCCCGGGCCAGCCCCACAUCCACCCCUGGGGGCAGCCCCGCCUCCCGUUCCCGAAAACCUGGUGCCAUUAUCGAGAGCUUCGUGAACCACGCCCCAGGGGUCUUCUCAGGGACCUUCUCUGGCACGCUGCACCCCAAUUGCCAGGACAGCAGCGGGCGGCCUCGGCGGGACAUCGGCACCAUCCUGCAGAUCCUCAAUGACCUCCUCAGUGCCACGAGGCACUACCAGGGCAUGCCCCCGUCACUGACCCAGCUGCGAUGCCACGCCCAGUGUGCACCUGCCUCUCCCGCCUCAGACCUCACCCCAAAAACUACCUCCUGUGAGAAGCUGGUGGCCACGGCCCCAGCCUCCCUGAGCCAGGCCCGCCUGGGCAAGCCCGCGGGGGACCGGCUGCGGCAGACGGAGAACCGGGCCACCCGCUGCAAGGUGGAGCGCCUGCAGCUGCUGCUCCAGCAGAAACGGCUCCGCAGAAAGGCCCGGAGGGAUGCCCGAGGCCCCUACCACUGGCCGCCCAGCCGCAAGGCCGGCCGCAGCGACAGCAGCCCCGGAGGCAGCGGCGGCAGCCCCAGCGAGGCUGCGGGCUUGGGCCUUGACUUCGAGGAAUCUGUCUGGAAGCCAGAAGUUAACCCCGACAUCAAGUCAGAGUUCGUGGUGGCCUAG